CACACCUAACGUUGUAUCAUGCAAAGGCACCACUGCAACGAUCCUAAUCGACAUACGACUGGCAUACUUCUCAUUGGCGCAUUUACUGUUCACUGUCUACGACUACUAUACGGGCAGUCAUGAGGUGCAGUGUCUUUAUAUUCUUCGCGGCACUCGCACAGUCCGCGCUCGGACAACGCGGCUUUGGCGACCCCCGUGAGACUACAGAUUGCAUAGCGUGGUUUGAAGUCCAGGACGAAACUGAACAGACGUGCGAAUGGACACUGCGAAAGUACGCCCUUGACCCUGAGCGCUUCUCUGCCUGGAACCCUUCCGUCGGCCUGGACUGCAAGCCUUGGUACCGAGGGAGAUACUGCAUCAUGACCAACAAUUAUCUCGCCGACAGCGUCAACACUACCACGUUGUACCGAAGUGAUCCGCUUGAAGGCACUUUCACCGUUGCCUUCCCAGCCCUUACCACCAACAAAGACGGCUGGGAGAUCCCAGUGACGCGUAGCGACGCUCCCGCAAGGACUUACAGCACGCGGGCUCCUAUUCCAUCACCCUCUACCUGGACAGACAAAGGCUGUUUCAUCGACGAUAAGAGCUCGCUCAAAAUCCGUCAGAAUGAAUCAGCCUGGAUUCUGGAUUUCCUCACGUUCCCCGGCCUCGGCGGCCGGCCUGACGAGACGUUGGACACGUGCAAACAGCAAUGCUGGGAGAUCAAAUUCCCCAUUGCCGGCGUCAAGGAAGGAAAUCUCUGCUUUUGCGGGGAUAGAAAUAAUGGUACCCUGGCGGAGGAUCAAGGCGAAUGCAACACGCCUUGUGCCGGAGAUGCAAGCGUAAUGUGCGGUGGCACUAAUCGCACGAGCGUCUGGGAGGCGGAGGACUACGUGCAGAGUACGGCUGCUGGUGUGUUUAGGGUACCUAGCGUGGCCCAAAGAAGAGAGAAAAAGGGAAAGAGAGUAAAGAAGAAGGAAGUAAGAAGAGAAGGGAGAGGUAGAGGAGAGAGCGAGAGUAGUAGGAAGAAGGGGGAAGAAAGUAGGAAGAUAGAGAGAGAAAGUGAGAAGAGAAGGUAAAGGUAUAAAAGGGGGGAGAGAGUAGAGUAAAAGUGCAAAGUAAGAGUAUAAGAAGAGAAAGAGCGCGUAAGAAGAGAAAGAAGAGAAGAAGUAUAUUUUACGAGGAGAGAGUAUAAGAAGAGGGGUAGAGAGAAGGGUAUAGAAGAGGAAUAGAAGAGGGGAGUAGAGUAAAAGUAUAAAGUAAGAGUAUAUGAAGAGAGAGAGAGUGCGUAAAAAAGAAAGAAGAGAAAAAGUAUAUUUAAGGGGGGGGAAGUAUAGAGAGGAGAGUAGAGAG